AUGGUGGAUUUUCUUUUUUAUGCUCAGGUCACAUAUCACUUCUUUUAUUGGAAGAAAGGCACGCCUUUUGCAGAUGAUCAGGGUAUUUACAUUUACAAUAGAUUGACUUGGUGGGUGCAGGUAGACAACGACAUGCAGCUCACUCGAAACAGGACGUUCUUGACUGUUGCACCAGUGGUGUUCAUAUGUGUGUCUUUAUUGCUGGUGAUUACAUUGGCUAUUGAUUCACUUGUUGAUACACUAUACUUUUUGACCCGCAGGAUAGACGACCCUAAUAUGGAUUUGAUGGACAAAAUCAACACGGCUCUUAGAGCAUGCAAAGUCAUGAAGGGACUCCAUACUCAGAAACUGAAGAAGCCGACAUGGGUUUAUCCAAAGCUCACGGUGGAGAUGAGCUCGCGAAGGGGGGUUGACGACAGGCUUGCAGCGGAAGAAGGACAGCAGUUUGCCGGGAAAACGGCGAUGAGAUGUGGCCGACGAGGUGAUGGUGAUGAAAGUUCACGGCGAAGAAGAUGA